AAAUUAUUCUAACCACAUCAAAACAAAAUGAUAAGUUCAAAGCAUAGAGCAUAACAUGAUCCAUAAAGUAAACAAUUUAAAACAUAAUAAUGAAAUGAAUAAAGUCCAAUCAAGUAAAGGAAAAUAGUGUGAUGCCAAAACAUAGAAAAUAAUCAAUGUUUUUCUUCUAGAAAAUUGCCAACUUCCAAAUGGGUUGAGCUGCCAGGCUCGUCAAGAAGGUCAUCAUCAUCAAAGGCAAAAUUUGUCUCAACCUUGUUCUCUUUAUUCUUCAAUGACUGCUGAUAGAGCUCCACUAGAUGCUUGGGCGUACGACUGGUACGCGACCAAUGAUUUCUUGCUCCAUAUCGAAAACAUGUAUUUUCUGUCUUUUGAGAUUAACCCUUACCAUAAUUCUCAUUUUUCUGCCACUUCUGGUGGCGAGAUGGGCCCUUGAAGUGAGUGACCCGACCACCUCUAUAACCACCUCGAUGAGUAUGACCACCACGAUUGCCAUGGUAACUCCCCCUACCGCGACCUCUCCCAUGCCCCCGGCCACGACGGCUAGCGUGCCUUCUUUCUUUCUUAUUGCUAUUAUUAUUAGUCACCGCAUUCGCUUCAGGGAAUGGCGCUGGGGUAGAACCAGUGGGGCAAGUUUGAUGAUUCUUCAGGAUAAACUCAUUAUUUUUCUCAGCAACAAGUAAUUGAUUCAUCAAGUCAAAAUAUUUUGUAAACCCCUUUUGCCUGUGUUGUUGGGACAGAACACUGUUUGAUGGAUGAAAAGUGGAGUAUGUUUUCUCAAGCAUUUCAUCAUCAAUUAUUUUUUCUCCACACAGCCUUAGCUGAGAAGUAAUUAUAUACAUUGCUGAAUUAUAAUCAACCACAGACUUAAAGUCUUGCAACCUUAAAUGGGUCCAUUCAUAACGGGUCGCGGGGAGUAUGGUUAUUUUCUGAUGGUCAUACCUUUGUUUAAGGUUUUCCCAUAGUUCUAGGGGGUCUCUCUCAGUUAAAUACUCAGACUUUAGGUCUUCAUGGAGGUGGUGUCUCAGAAAAAUCAUGGCUUUGGUUUUGUUUUCUUUUGAUGCGGUAUUCCCAAUUUUUAUGGUAUCACCUAAGCUCUUGGCAUCUAGGUGAAUUUCAGCAUCUAGUACCCAUGACAAAUAGUUUUUUCCGCUGAUGUCCAGUGCGGCGAAUUCAAGUUUCACAAGAUUUGACAUAGUGAUAACUAUAAAGAAAAAUAAUAUUACUUUAUUUUCACAUAAUGUAUUAUGGAAUCAUUCAACUUAUCACACAAUAUUAUGUAAGGAUACAAUUCUAAAAAGUUUGAAUUUUGAAUUCUUUAUUCAUAUGAUAUUUUAUCCAAAUUCAAUAAUGUCAUUAAAUUGGUGAGUAAAUGUCUUACUAUAACGAAUAUUGACUAAUUAAUGUCAUUUAAGUCUUUAUUUAAAUAAGAAAAACAAUUUCUUUAAGUCUUUGCCUAAAAGUAACCGCCGAUAAAAUUAUAGGAAGUACCAUAGUUAAUCAACUAGCUCCAAAAGGAAUGGCAACAUGAAAGCUAGAAGCAAUGUAAUUAAACAUGCUCAAAAAAAAUUAGUGAAAGCUGCGACAGCCUGGCACCAUUUUUGUGUGAACAAUACAUUUUCUACAUAGAGCUAGUCCUCAAAUCCACAUCUUAAGACUGGAGACAACAGAAAACUGAAUAUAGUAGAAUAAGUUGUAAAAGCAAAUUGUGAUAGAACAUAUGUCAAAUACUGGGCCCUAGAAAUGGCCACUUGUGAAUUCAAACAGGAACAUUAUAACACACUAAACUAUUUGGGAAUGGAUUUAUGCUUCACAGUAUAUCUAUGGUACGGACCACACAAUAGAAAGAUAGGAUUCAUUGUUUGUUAAAAACUAGUACUGCACCUUCGAGAUAAUAUGUCUUAUGCAAAAGGAUAUAUGCAUUAUUCCACUGUCCUUGUCUUAUACAUGCUUUCAUUUUCAAGCAGUCCUCAAUAGGUUGUAAAUUGCAGUAUAGUAACAUUCCAAUAAUGUUUAGAUAUAUCAUACGUUUAAUUUAUUCAACUUUAGACUACCACAAAAUCCAGAAUGCCUAAAAACAGAGACACCUUUUAGACUACCACAAAAUUAUUAGGCCGAAAACUUGGACUGAGUGGUCUCAUAAUUUUUUAUCAGCUCCCAUAGUUAAUCAUUUACUAAUAUGUAUACAGUUUGAAACUAUUUCUUAAUAGAAUUAUGAAAGCAGUUUCUAUAAGUAAAUCAAGAAAUAUUCUUCUCUGAUUUUAAGCCAUUCAUCCCAAAAGUAAUUCAUUCAUUAUUUGUCAUAAUAAACAUCAUCACUAAACAUAGUGAAAAACGGGCAAAUAAAGCAGUAGCAGAGAAGAUACUAGCCACACAAAGUUGAAUCAAAUAGGGGGGAAAACGGGGUAUAAACAAAACGAUAUGGGUAACUAAUUAUUCCAUCAAUAGUCAGGUAUAUCAAAUCAAUUUGUGAGAUUACUCAUAAGCAAUUUGUAAGGAAAAAGAUUCAGCCAAGAGAUUAUAGUAUAUAUGUUGGUGAUGAAAUUAUGAAAAAAUACCUGGACUGAUGCGGCUUAAUAGGAGGAGGAGAGACCUGGAGCUUUUCCGCUAGAGCAGCCUUCAGGGACCAAUUCUUCGCUGGGGACGUGGGACACAGAGACGGAGAAGACAGAGAGAUAUUCGAGGAGGCUGGACGAAGAAUAACCGAUCGAUGGGCCUGGGAAUUAUUAGGGUCGGUUAUUGACUCGACGAUUUAGUCUCGAUUUUUCGAAACCAUUUUUUAAAGUGAAGAGUUUUAAAAGAGUCAUUGAGUUGUCAACCAAUGACUCGACGGUAUGUGUUCAAUCUUAUCAACAACCAAGCGUUCCCGAGCCAGUCUUGUCAACGACCAGGCGGUCUCUGUCUGGGUCGGUCAAUGACCCAACGGUUAAGUACCGGUUUUUUGAAAUCAUUUUUUAAAGUGAAAAGUUUUAAAAGAGCCGUUGAGUUGUCAAUCAAUAGGGAAUUGGGAAAGGAAUUCGUCAAACUAACUGUAGAGAUCGACCAGAACAUGCCAGUUUUGGUCCCGAAUUUCCUAUACGCGGGACCCGGUACCCUACUUAGGUUUGUACUAGGUUCGGCUCUGAAAUGGGAUCGUAAUUUCGGUCAUUUGGUCGGUCACAAAAUCGGAUGAAAAAGUUUGAUGAGCUUAUUUUCAGAUUUGAAGAUGGAAAACUAAAAAGUGAAAACAGAAAAAUAGAGAUAGAAAAAAUGAAAAAUGAAAAUAGAAAAUCGGAGAACGAAAAACAGAAAUAUUAACAAGAAAAUAUCUCUACUAGGAAAGAGGCACCUAAUAUUUCACCUAUUUCUCGUGCUUGUUCUCCGAUGCCUGCUAUCUUCCAACCCAGCUGCCACAAAUGACGAACGAAGGAAGCAAAGGCCUACUUUGGCUGGGGAAGCCGCUGCCGUCACCAAGCCACCGGCCAGGAGCUGCCGCUGCCGCCUUGCCUCAAUCGCGGCCGUCAUGCUUCAAUCGUUGCCGCUCUGCUUUAAUCGCCGUGUCCAUCUUCAAUCGCCGCCGACCCGCUUCAAUCGCCUCCUCCACCAUUUACUCUUUUUCUUCAUUUUCUGUCCAAUGUCCGUCGAUGGAGGCGACGAGGAUACGGCGGCGUUAGGGUUAGGUCAAUGGCGAAGACGACUAGGGUUUCAGGGAUGGGAUGCGCAGCUGCAAAGGUUAAGCGGAGGGGAGGGAUUGGGGCGGUGCCGGCAGUUCGCAGAAGAAGGCUAUUUUAUGUUGGUGAUUUUAGUAUCACCUGUUCAUUUUAGUGUAAUGGAAUUUACAGAUUACCAAUGGAGUUCAAGUUUAAUUUUAGAUAAGUUAGGAGGUGCGGAGCACACACUUGUACGAAAUUAAAUUUAAACUUGGUUCGAUUAAAUGGCGGGGG